ACUAAUUUAGACAAAUUAUUAAAAUAAAGUUCUCUAAAGGUUAACUACAGUUUUUUUAGUACAAAUUGUAAUUAAAAUGUGUUAUAUAUUAUAAAAACUGUAUUGCAUAAAAAUACUAAUCGCUUGGCAUUAAGAAAUAGUAAUAGGUAAAACAAAUGAUAGACUAUGUUAAACGUUUAAUAUUAAAGUACCAUUUCCGGGCUUAUAAAAGAGUAUUUUUAAAAUUAUUUUUAAGGGCCCCGUCGUCUAACACUAGAAGGUCUCGUCGUGGAAUAUUUUUUUUUAGUAUAAGGUCGGAAUUUCGUUUAGGCUAGCUUCCUCAUUGAGCUAUUUGUGUUAAUUUUCAUCAAGGAUACCCUCAUAAUGCCUGGAAGAUUUCAUUGGAAUCGUGGAAGCAGUCUCGAUUUCGACUUUGUCAUUAGACAAUUAUGAAUUCAUAUUACAAUAAUUCAUGCCUAAUAAAAUAGCUAAUAAAAUUCAUAUAAAUUGGUAAAAUAUUCUAAGCUUCUAACAAGCACCUCCCCCGGUCAACAGGCCUAGAUGCUCGCUAUGCUCGCAUACUGGAUUAAUUACCCCUCCCCCACUUUCUAAAACGUUCUUCUGACAUUAAUCCCCUUAUUUUUGAUUCGUCACCUGGCCGUUUUACGGUAUUUUGUAGUGUUUUAUCUACAUAGGAGUAACUAAAAAUAAUGAUUAAAAUAAUAAUAAUUUACCAACUACUAUACAAUUUUUACAAACUAUUUUAUUGCAGGAAACAUCAGAAGAAGCUACAAGUCUAACUUCAGAGGAAAAAGAAACUUCUGAAGUGUCUCAGAGUGCUGCAAAUGUAUCGACUAGACAGUUCGAUAGACUCCCAGAAGAAAUUUUUAAAAAAGUUGUAGCUAAUCUUGACCGCCAGAAUCCUGAACCAAGCAGGAGCGCAGAAGAACCAGAAGCCGGCAUUUUUAAACGAUUCUUCAUGAAAAUAACGAGAAACAAGCCUACUAACAAAGAUGCACGAUUUGAACGUGUUGUUGAAAAUGUACCUAGUGAUGUAACAUGUAUAUGGGAUUAUGCAGGCCAAAUCUCAUAUUAUAUAACUCAUAGGUUUUUCUUGACAGAUGGAUCGUCAUAUGUCGUUGCUUUUAGUUUGUUUGAGCCUUUAAAUGAAUUGGCAAAAUCAAGAGGUCCACUAAAAGAUCGGUUUGAAAUGACUAAUCUCCAAAUGAUUAUUUUCUGGAUACGGUCAAUAUAUGAGCACGCUGUACUACAAUAUAAUGCAAGUACGCAAUUAAUAAAUGACACUAUAGCCUCACCCACAAUCAGUUUGGUUGGCACUCACAAAGACAAGUUAGAGGGAAGUGAGGAGAAUAAACAGAAUCAGAUUGAAGCAAUAUUCAAAAUAAUAUUUGAAGAAAUCAAAGGGAUGCCUUUCGAACUUCACGUUGACAGAACGAUGUAUGCUGUAGAUAAUACAUCAGCAAAUGACAAAGGGAUUGAAGAAUUAAAAAAAAAUCUCGGAGGUUACACAAAGCAAAUGGCAAAAAAAGUUCCCACAAAAUGGGUUGAUUUCCAGUCGAAAAUCCAAGAAGUCGGGAAAACAACACUGCGCAUGUCCUUAGAUGAGGUCAAUGAGAUUGCUGUCGAUUGUGGAAUUCCGAACGAAAACACCAUCCACGUUCUCAAUUAUUUAAAUGAUUGUGGAGUAAUUAUGUAUACUCCAAAAAAUAUCAAUUUGAAGAACACUGUGAUUACUAGCGUCCUCAUGUUGAUUGAAAUCUUCACGAAAGUAAUUACAACAGAAGAUAAGAGACCUGCAAUGAUGAAGUCAUGGCAUCUUCUUGAUAAAGGCAUUCUGAGUGAGAUAUUGCUGCGUGAUCUGUGGAAGCAAGAGUUAGAGGAAGACGAAAGCAACUUUGAAGUCUUUAUAGAACUGAUGAAGGUUUUUGGAUUGCUCUUUGAGAAACAGAAGGAAUCUGAAGAAGAUGAUCGAACAUUCAUCGUCCCUUGUCUAAUGAGUAUCGUUAAGGACAAGAACAUGGAAGUUGAGAAAGACAAAAAGGAGAUGGUAUCAAUCUACGUGACUCCAACAGACUUCCUCCCUGAUGCUGUCUACAGUGUAUUAGUCGUUGCCUUUGUCGACUUGAUGAAGAAGAAAUUUAGAAGCGAUGAUUCAAAAUUGUUUCGGAAUCGUAGUGACUUUGACUUCGAUGAUGAUCACUUAGUGAGUCUGGGAGCCGUCAAAAUCAAGAACAUGCAUGCAUUGAAGCUUGAAAUAACGCGUCGGAUUGAUAAAGAUGCAAAUGGUGAACUAUCAGAACCACACCCGAGUGUGUGUCUGGAGGUAUUAAACUACCUUAAGCAUCAACUGAAGACUGUAUAUGUUACAACAGUAGGGAUUGGUUACGAGUUGCGCGUCUUGUGCAGCGUAUGUCCACCAACGCAGCAACCUCAUUUACAUAAUCUUGACAAAUGUUUAGAAAAAGAUUGGGUUUCAUGUGGAAAGUAUAAAAUGAACACAUCUCGUUAUAAGGUCUUUUUCCAAGAAGAAGUUCAAGAUAAAUUCUUGUCUACUGAUCAACUUCGUAGGCCUGUGUUAACAGAUUCCACACAUGGAGAGCGAUUGCCAGAAAUGUCAGGCAUGCAGUUCAAUGCUCUUAAAAUGGUUGUCUCAAACUGGUACGAUGAAAACAGAUGUCUUAGUAUGUUGAAAGUGUUGUUCAGAGAUACGGUGGACAAUGUGAAACUAGCAGAAAUAAAUACGAUAGACUUGCUGAAUGAAUUGGUUGUACGUGGUAAGCUGAGUGCAGAGGAUCCUACUCUACUGUAUGACACCAUCAGAAUAACUGGACAUUUUGCUCUUCAAAAGAAGAUCCAAGAAACACUGCCAUCAUUCCCGGAUGUUAAAGAAGGAACCAUUUCAACAAGUUUCACAGCACACAGACAAAAACUAAUGAAAUUGGGGAAGACUUUGACUACAGAUAACGUGGCGCAGAUCGACGGAUUGUAUAAUACACCUCGUAAGAUGUAUACCGACAGUUGGAGAAUGAUCACUAAUCUAGAAGACAGACGUAAAAUCAGCGAAGGAAAUAUGACGGAUUUCAUUAAUUCUUUGUCACUGCUUAAGCUUCCUCUGGCAUUGACCGCAUUGACAGAAGAUAUUCCGGAUAAAUCAUUGUCUCUGGAUCCAUCUCAUAAGCCCGUGUUUACAGAUUCCACACACAGAGAGCAGAUGUCAGAUAUUCCACAUAAAUCCUUGUCUCUGGAUCCAUCUCAUAAGCCCGUGUUCACAGAUUCCACACACAGAGAGCAGAUGUCAGAUAUUCCGGAUAAAUCCUUGUCUCUGGAUCCACCUCAUAAGCCCGUGUUCACAGAUUCCACACACAGAGAGCAGAUGUCAGAACUAUAUGUGGGCGACUGCAAUCAACUGCUAGAUGUCGUGUCGUCAUGGUGGGAACUGCAUGGAAGCGUUAAUAUGCUGAAAGUAUUACUUAGGGAGUUUGACUGUAUUCAUGUAACCAAACUACAAGAGCUGAAUAAGCCAAUCGAACUGUUUCGAUUGCUUUUAGGUAAUGGUCUUAUUAGACAAUCAAACAUUGAUGUUCUUGCCGAGGUUGUAAUUUUAUGCGAGCAGCGUGGUGUAGAAUUGAAGAUCAAGAAAAUGGUACCAACAUUUCCAGAUUUAAGUAAUGUUGUAAUACGUAACUUUUCAGACCAUCGAAGAAAUUUGAUAAAAUUUGGCACAGCUAUGAGCAAAGACAAUAAAGAUCGCAUUGGUUAUUGGUAUGACCUUAACGUUAAAAAACUACCAGAUCCUUGGUGCCUAAUAUUGGAACUGGAAUACAGAAAAAUACUUACUGUGGACACAAGAAAAGAAUUCAUUAAAAGGCUUAUGAAAAAUGAAAUGAUAGCCGAAGCUGAAGCACUUAACACGUUCUAAAGCUAUUGGUAUGAAAUCUUCUUUUUCAUCGAAAUAUAAAAGUUGAAAACAACUUUUAUAUUUCGAAUGAAAAAUAAAUUAUAAAAUAAAUGAUUGAUUCCAAAUAAAUUUGUUUAAAGGAAAUUCUAUAGCUAUUUACAGCCAUAUAACAUGAUUGUAGUAUUGCACCAUCUUACUUGUGUAAUAAUAUUUAUAUGGUUUGACCAGCAUAGAUAUUGAACGAAAUAUGCCCACUCAUAACAUUAUUCCACCAUUUUCAAGCUGCUCCGUAAUUAAUGGUUUAUUGAAAAUUGCUGUAGAAUGUUUGGAACAAAAUUACUAUAACAAUUCAAAAUAGUCCGUUCUAGCUUUUUAAAAAUAGAUUAUAAGAAGAAAUUUUCCUAAUUAUCGAUUAAGCCUGCAGUUUCCAUAAAAAUCGCUACACGCUCUCCGCCGACUGCUUUGGUGACGCUGAUUGGUCAGUCGAAUCAGGGAAUGUUCCCGAUUGCGUCGGGGACAGCUGCGCAGUGCAAUUAUUGCAUUGAAAACGCUGCGACUGUGUAGCGAUUCUAUGGAAACCAAGCUUCAGAUAAUUCAAAUGUGAAUGACAUCUUCCUGUUCUUUGUUUUGAUUUCUGUUUUGUUAGCCUUCUUAAUAAUUAAUUGUGUAAAUAAUAGAAAUUGUGACAAUGUUCACCCAGAGUAGAUUAAUGAUCAAGAGCAACAGAAAUUGGUAGAACAUUAUUGAUACACAAGCUUUCGUCGUGCAUGCAGUGUGGAUGUAAUGAACAAUAUCGUACUGAAAGAUGUAAAAAAAUGUGUGAUUGAAUGAAAUUGACAUCGGUUUAGAGAUUAUGAUUUCAAUUCUAGUUGUAUUUAAUUGGUUAAGGUGGGCUGUAAUUUGAGAGAAAUAUUCAUUAGAGUGGAGGGUAGUUAGCGAUGGCUUUGAUUAUACAAGUAACGACACGUACUUAUAUAAUUAAAAAAAACUCUGGUGCAAAAUGCAUUUGCAAUAUUUUGCGUUUUAAUUCUCAUUACCUGUGAUAUAUAUUUUUGUAUAUUUAUCAUUAUCAGUUCUUGGAUGUAUAGUAUUAUCAGUGUUAUUUGUUUUAAUGUACUUUUUCCUUAAUUCUAAGUUUUCAAAUGCAUUUUAUAUGGCUUGACUUGUGCUAAUAAAUUAUUAUAAAUAUAUGUUUUAUAGUAUUAUAGUAUUAUAUAAGUUUAUAUAAUAUAUAAACUUUAUAUCCCUGAAUAAAGCAGAAAACGAAGGAACUUAAGUUUUGAGCGUUUGACUAUCACUGUAAUCUUGUUCACAAUGAAACACGAUGGAAAAUUGUGUCAGAGAUUGUCGGGGCCUGCCAUUCUUUCCCCCCCCCCCACCCCACCUCACCCCUCAAUCUUGCUUUAAAAGUGUUGUUCUAUAUGUUUGGAAGAUAAGGUCUUCCACCAUCUCCAAUUAACAUUGGGCUGUUGGCCUGAUGUGAAGGCUUCCUUGACCCCUGUCUCAAACCAAUCGGUUCCACGGUUAGAAGUUUAGUCUCAUCAAAACUGACGCUGUGAUCCCGGAAACUCAAUGUUAAUAUGUUUAUGAGACUCCAGCGAAUCUAGUACUAGUAUUUCUUAUAAGAUUCCGUUUUGUUAGUUCCAUAUACUUAAGACAAAAAACGAAUUAACA